UUCUGCUGUCUUGGAGGGAAAGACAAUCCAGUUUAGGCUGGGUCUGAAGACAGUGGAUUUAGGACAAAGCUACAGAAGUCUUGCUUCUGACAGAGAAAAUGCAGCAUUAUAGCCAUUGUGUCUGAUGGCUGCCUGGAGCACACCAGUACAAAUUCCCCAGUUUGAAACCAGUUGCAGCUAUGUGGAAGCUACACUUGAGGAGUUUUUGGCUUGGAGCUGUGGGCAUCCUUCUUGUCCCUCUGGACCAUUCAGUUGUUAUGAUUAUUCCAAAUACUGGGCUUAUGCUGACUACAAGUACAUUGCCAGGAUAUUUGAAGACAAGCCAGAAAUUUUCCAGGAUGUUAGGUGGUCUGACUUUGGUUUUCCUGGAAGAAAUGGAAAAGAGAGCACGCUGUGGAUUGGUUCUGAAGGAGCAAACACCCCCUGCCAUUUGGACUCCUACGGCUGCAACUUAGUGUUGCAAGUACAAGGAAGCCUUGAGGUCCUUGGGUGGAUAUGCAGCAGAGACACUCUAGAAGCCUCCCUCAGCACUGCAGCCAAUCCUGUAGACUUCAGACCGCAUCAGAAGAGAUGGCACCUCUUCCCACCUGGUGACACCAGUUUCCUUUAUCCUACUAGGAUCCCUUAUGAGGAAUCCAGCAUAUUCAGCAAAGUCAACAUUGCCAACCCUGAUCUGAAACGCUUUCCUGAGUUUAGGAACUCAACAGCCCAUGUUGUUACACUCAGUCCAGGACAGGUCCUGCUCGUUCCAAGGCACUGGUGGCACUAUGUGGAAUCCAUUGAUCCUGUCACUGUCAGCAUAAACUCUUGGAUUGAGCUGGAUGCAGAUCAUGAAGCCCGUGUAGAAGAGGCAAUAACUCGGAUGCUGGUAUGCGCCAUAAAAUCAGCAGAAAAUCCCAGUGAUGGAGAUCUCUGGCUAAAUCCCACAGAAGUUGAGGCAACAUCCCAUGAAAUCAAUCUUCAGUACCUGAAUAAAGCAGUGUCUGCAUACCUCAAGCGUCAGGAGACAAGUGUGUCAGGACAGGCACGUUCCAGCAGCACUGGUGCAAAGCAGAGGACAAACGCCUCAUGCAAGAGGAAGAGAAGGGAAGUUGGCUGUGAACCAGGGAGCUGCACGUUACUAACCCAGCAAUGUGACUUUCCAACACUCAAAGCAGAAGAGCUGCAGGAAAUACCUUUUGGGCCUCAUCUUAUUCAGGUUUUACCACAGUCUCAAAAAACAAGUGUGAUGGGUGCAGUCACCAUUGAAAGUGAUGGUGGAGAUCUUCUCCAUAAAAAUGAAGGAGGACAUUUUGGAAAAUUGCACUGCAGGAGGGAGAGAUUGCUAAUGAGUAAUGACUGUGAGACAGCUGCACAUCAAAUGGAUUCAGACUGUGGUCCAUGCACCUCACAAACAGCCCUUUCUACCAAUGACUUGUUAGACUGUCUGGUUAAUCCUCGUGUCAUCAGUUUAGUGGCUCAGCUGCUGUUGGAGAGAAUGAGAGUGUGAUGCUGGAGUGCUGUAUCAUUUCUGAAACAGAAAUCAAACAGCAGCCUUGUUCUGCGUGUUUAAGAUCUGUAGUAAUUGAAUGUUCCAUUUCAAAUAAUGUUUAGGUACAGAUAGACACAGUUAAUGGUUAAAUGCAGGUUGAAGUUGAGCUGAAAGAAGAAUAACUGGUUGGUGAUGGCUGGGAAGAGAAAGGUGUGUUUAGUCAGGGAGCUGCUCAGUGUUAUGAGCAAGAGAGAGCACACACACGUACUGUGCAGGUGAAAUCUUCACAGUGUUCUUCAGCUCUGAGCUGGAAAACAAGUAUGACUUGAUGAUGGACAACAGAGAGAGUGCUGGGACAUGGUCACAUAGCAGAGGGGACCAAGGGUGGGAGCAGAUAGAUUGACUGACUGCAGACUGCAGUCCUUCACCACAUUAAAGUAAAAUGGUCAAUAAGCAAUCAGUUGAUUAGAUUAAAAAUAAUAAAUUCAGGUAAACCUAAACCUCAGCCAAGAGACAGUGCAUUCACUAAUGCAUCUACUUCCUCUCUUCUACUAACUUCAAUUUUGUCACAAUGCUCUAGGUUGGAAUGAGACAAAAUCCCUUAGCAAGAAAGUAGCCUUUACCUAGUUCAGAAACUCUUGAAGCUGGGAGAUUAAGGGCCAUUGGGAAGUUGCUGUUGUGUUGUUAUUUAUUUAAAGCCAGAUGGGCACAGUCCCCUAUCUCUAAAAAACGAAGCAAAACAGCUAUGACUUUUUACCUUGUCCUUCUCUUUACCAUAAUAAUCAAAAUGUAUUAUUUUUUUUCUUUUGGUUGUAAAUGGUCUCUGUACAAGAUCUUCCUUUCUUCAAAGGAUAGUGGUCCUUGGAUUUGUUUUUGAAGGCUGGGUUGUUCUUUCAUUGAAAAGUUAGGAACAUGAAAUAUAGGCAAGAAGGUUUGCUAACUCUGAAACUAUGCCUGGAGGCUUGAACAAAACCUGGGAAGAAAGCUGCUGGCAUCUUCCAGGAUGCUCUCACCUCCUCUCAUUUCUGUUUGUGGUGGCAACAGAGGCAUUUUUCCUAACCACAGUUUCAAGAGACAGCUUCAGGGACAGCUCCUGUGAAACCUUUGCUUUUAAAAUGUCUCUUUGCUUGUGUCUGCAAGAGACCAAGAAACCAGUUUCUAUUGUCAGCCUGUUCCCAUAUCCAUAACCUUGCACCACCAGCCCUCCAGCUGGUAUUUCCUUUGCUUAGUGUGUGUUCCCUGCUAAAUACAUGAAGCUAGUGCUGUUUUCACAAGGAUCACCUUCCACUAGUUUAUAGUUGAAAAAUCCUGAUAGCAAAGGUGCUUUUCUGCUUUUAUUGAGAUUGCAUGUUGGCAGGGCCCUGAUGAAUUAUGGUAAGGGCUUUAGAUAUGCACCAAUAGAUCAGAAAUUCAGGAAACCUUGCUAUUUCAAAAAUCUCCCCAAAAACCUAAUACACUUGGAAGAGGAUUAAGUUGAAAAGACUCAAAGGUUCACAUUUAACAAGCACAGAAACCUUACCCUGAUGGAAACAGCUGUGUGUGUGGUUUGCUGGAGACCCUGGCUUUGAAGAGUGGCUGUGAGUUGGCAGCAAGGCAUAAUCUCUGACCCAUGAAAGUGCAGUUUCCAGUGUCCUGCUCUUCCCUGGUAAUUUGGCUCAGACCCUGAUAACACCUGUGCAUGAUCCUCAAGGGCAACCUGCAAGUGAGAUACAAUUCUUAGCAACCUGAGAAAAUCCCCUGUUCUUGUUUCAUCUUUCUACACCAAAGGGUCUCAAUGGGGUUGCACCCUUGCAACCAGACCAGAAUUUAAUAAACAAUCCUGUUGAUACAGUUC